AUCACUAACUGGGGUCAAACGGUAGGAGGCGCCAACUCUCAGUCUGGUCACGUUUAUGUGACCCUCCCCCAACCCUCGAACGAGGCAGACAUUCACCGACGUUCUUUCUCAGCGAGCUUACCCGUCGUCGUUAUAGUUGUGCUUUGAAGGAACUUCAUCGUUCGAUCACUUGCAAAUCAACCAAAGACUGAUCCCAAAACACACUGCCGUUCUUCCUGUCCAAAAUGGUGAAGAUAUUUGUUGGCAAUGUAGCUUCAGCAACCACCGAAGACGAGCUCCGUGCUUUGUUUGAGAAGUACGGCGCUGUGUCUGACUGUGACAUUCUGAAAAACUAUGGUUUCGUGCACAUGGAUGAGGAAGAGGCAGCGCAGAAGGCUGUCUCCGCUUUGCACAAGCACGAGGUCAAUGGCUCCCGCAUCACCGUCGAGUAUGCCACCACCAAGGUACGCAAUGCCACCAAGAUCUACGUGGGCAAUGUUCCCGAAGGUGUCACCGCCGCCAAAAUCAAGGAGCUCUUCCAGCCGUUCGGCAAGGUGGUGGAGUGCGAUAUUGUGAAGAAUUAUGCAUUCGUUCACAUGCAGAGGGAAGGCGAGGCUCUGGAGGCCAUUUCAAAGCUUAGCCACUCCAAAUUGGAUGGCCAAAAGAUCUUUGUGUCCCUCUCACGCAGUAACCCAUCCAGAAACGACCGAGGGGAGGACUAUUUUCCUCCUCCACCGCAUCACUAUCCACCUCACCCGCACCACCAUCCUCACUUUGUCCCUCCACGCCAGCCGCCCCGUGACUACUAUCCGCCUCGUGGCCGACUUCCACCCCCUCCUCUCCCACCACCGCCACCCCGCGCCUACUAUGAGCGCGAUGUGUACGAGAGGGAACUUCGCCACGACCCGUACGCCGCCCCAUCCCCGCGAUAUUACGAUCCGGAUCCAUACGACCGCCGCAUUCCGCCCCCUCAGCGGCCGGUCACGCCUCCUCUCGCCAGUCGCUACUACCGAGAGCGCAGCCCUCUUGGUGAUCGCCGCUCUCUCCUGCCCCCCCCUCCCCCUCCCCCCUCUUCUGCCGGCUUUGCCCGGGGUUUCGCCCGCAAUGGCGCUAGCUCUGCACCCCCUCCUCCUCCCGCCGCUCCUUCCUCCCACUAUCAACGCUACUCUCUCGGCUCCGGCUUUGAUAAGGAUGAUUAUUUUGAGGAAAAGUACAGCAAUGGCUACAGCCGUAGCUACUAAGCAUUGAAGUUUGUCCGUCCCAUUAUUUUCGAGGAGCUGAGUAAUCUAAGAGGGGCUUACCAUCAGUGAGUUAGGGGUGAAUUUUUGUAAUAUUCUGUGAUAAUUGUAGCUAUUUUAGAUAACGGGUCAAUCAGCUAAUACUGUACUCAUUUAACUAAUAAAUUUACCUUUGCCCGAUGAAGGAUCAGCAAAUAGGAAGUUAAAUAAACAUGAGUUUUAUAGCAUGUUAUGAUGCAUUAUAUUUGCCAGGCAUAUCGGUUUGACUAUUUUCUUAAAGUAAUUGAACUUUUUUUUUUUUCUUUUUAAAAUAAAAUCAUACACUUUACGUUCAUUUUACUCUGGCAUGCACUUUCGAAAAUUCAAAAGAACGCUUGAAUAUAUAAUUUUUUGUUUUUGCAUUGAUAUUUCAACAUGCAUAGUCUACCCAACAAGAAAUUUGUUGUUGAAUGUUUACCUUUGUUUUCUGAUUGGUAUUUAAGAAUAUUCAAGUGUUUUAGUUUUCACUUUCUUUUGCAUGAGAUGGAGAGUUAAUUUGGAGGGAAUUAGAAUUUAUUAAGGGGCUCCGCAAACAAAUGUAAUACUUUUAAAAAAAAUUUUUUUAUAGUUUAUCAUUUCUUUUUUAAAACAAAUCUCAUCUCUUGAUUACCUUGGUCUAGGCAAAUGAACUUGCUAUGGUGUUGUUAAAAGUAAUGUUGGAUGUUAGAGAGACCAGUGGGAAGGAACAGAGAGGAAAUGGGUAAAGAGGUUGUUUUGGGCGGAACUGUAUGCUAACUGACUGAUCAACCAAUCACAUCCUACCGGCUAACCGAGCACAUCGCAUCUACCAGCCGCUCAACUUUCGGAUCCGCUGCCGCAUCCUAGGAUAAAGCACCACCGGUCAAAGGAAGCGAACGACCGACCAGCUGCCAACCGCCUAAUAAAUUCAAAACAACACGGAAUCAUUAGUGCAAUAUCUACACUGUGUUUCGAAAUCUCGUUGUAUUAGACAAAUAGCAGACUCGGAGAAAGUUUUUAAAGAUUAUAAAGACUUAUUUUGACAUCACAUUAUAAUGGACGUGCUUGUGAUUGAAAAUAUUACUGAAUACUCAA